UUGAACCAGAGUACAACCUGCUCAUCUGCCUCUGGCUGAGCAGCUGCAGGAGCGGAGACGUGCUGAGUUGCGAGCAGAGCAGCAGAGCCAAGGCUUGGGAGGCUAGGCUGGCGCGCUGCGCUGCGGGGCGCUGCUGAGGGCGAGCAUUGGACCGGCCACCUCCCCGAGGCCCAUGCGGGGGUCAAUACAGCCCGCGGCUCGCUCAUGAGGCCACUGCGGUGCGGGGAGAGGACCCAAGGCAUCCCGCUGGGGCUGCUCGCGUUCUGGGUGACUGCUGCCCGCUGUCUGCAGAGUCAGGGGGUGUCACUGUACAUUCCACAGUCGGCCAUCAACGCCACUGUCCAACAAGAUAUCCUGUUGUCAGUGAACUACAUCUGCCAUGGCGUGCCCACUAUUGAGUGGAAGUACACACCUAACUGGGGUGUGCAGAGGAUCGUGGAGUGGAAACCAGGGACCCCAGCCAAUGUCUCCCAAAGCCACAGAGAGAGAGUCUGCACCUUUGACAAUGGCUCCAUCCAGCUUUUCCGUGUGGAUGUGAAGGAUUCUGGCUAUUACAUCAUCACUGUCACAGAGCAUCCGGGGAGCAGCCAGUCUGGCACCAUCUUGCUGCAUGUGUCUGAGAUCCGCUAUGAAGACCUCCACUUCGUUGCUGUCUUCUUUGCUCUGCUCGCUGCCGUGGCUGUGGUGCUAAUCAGCCUCAUGUGGGUUUGCAAUCAGUGUGCAUAUAAAUUCCAAAGGAAGAGGAGGUACAAACUCAAAGAAAGCACCACUGAGGAGAUUGAGAUGAAAGAUGUUGAGUGUUAGCCAAGACUGCGCCCAAUCACAUUGCUACCUCAAGAGAAAAACAGUAUUUUCCAGUCGAAGGAACAAACGGAGCCCAUCCUUGGUGCAGCUCUCACACCCUUUUCCCAGGAAGACAGCUGGCAGAUAAAGAAGCUGACCGUGGACCUGGAGGGGAUGGCUUACUUAUAUAAGCCAGUUCUAGGAGUCGCCUGUAGUUCAAAGCAACAUCUGAGAUUUUCAGCCAGGAACUUUCCUUGGUUUCAGCUUCAGGGCCACGCUGACCCUUAAAACAGGCAGGCACCAGCUACCACACUGCAGUCCCACAUUGCCCUGCUGAAGGAGCUACUGUCUCCAGAGCCGGCGUGUCUGCAGAGGGGCUGAUGUGCAGCUCUCUGCCUUUGUGCUCCUGUCUGAUGUACAAACGGCGGCACCCUCCUCCUCCCCAUUUUACAUCCCAUAAAACAGGAAGCAGUUGAGUGCACAAAGGGCCCAGCUCUAGGCACAGUCCUUCCUCAUACAAAGUUAACUGGAUAGCCUAAACUUGGGUUACUAUGAGAAAAACAUGGCUUAAGUUGACUGGGGUAGCUGGAUGGGCAGUACACCAGUAGAAUCUGUAAGGCUUCAUCCAGCUUCAUCCUAUUCGAUCAGCAACACUUCAGGUCUCCAGUCAGAUCCCAGGCAGAGGAGUGUGUGCUAUUCACCUACCUCAUAUGGCAUCAGGAGAAGCCAGUAUUAGCCUAGAUCUCUCAGAGGGAUUAAGCAAAGCAUGCAAGGGCUGGAGAGAUGGCUGGCUGUUAAAGGCUAGGCUCACAAUGAAAAAUGUAAGAAAAGCAUGCAAAUCAUUGAAGGAUCUGUAAAGUUAGUUGAGAAAGUGCAGUAUCGCAUAACAAAGGUUAAAAUGCCCUGGGAUGGGACUGGAGAGAAGGCUCAGCUCCUAAGAGCACUUACUGUUCUCCCAGAGGACCCUGACUCAAUUCCACGAACCACAUGGUAUAACUCUGGUUCCAGAGAAUGCCUCGCUCUUCUGGCCUCUAUGGGCAUUGCAUGCACACAGUGCACACAUA